UCUCGCCCAUGUCAGAGCGUGAGAAGAAGAAGACCAUUAGGGAAAUGACCACUAUGGUGUUGGCACGACAGCCACGCUCCUGCAACUUCCUGCACUGGAAAGACCUGAAGAUUAUUUACAAGAGAUAUGCAAGCUUAUACUUCUGCUUGGGUGUAGAGAACGAGGAGAAUGAGCUGUUGGCCCUGGAGGUUAUCCAUCGCUACGUGGAGCUGCUGGACAAAUACUUUGGCAAUGUGUGUGAGCUGGACAUAAUCUUUAACUUUGAGAAGGCUUAUUUUAUCCUGGAUGAGUUUCUAAUGGGAGGGGAGAUACAAGAAACCUCCAAACUGAGUGUGAAUCGCUCUAUUGAAGCAUCAGACAUGUUACAGGAGGAUGACAACAGUGAGUGGUAUGAGGUGGAGCUGUUUGGAUGACCUUGAAUAUGGACAGAAAGACUAUGGAAGAGUAUAUGAGCAAACCUGCAUUUUAACCCAUGGGGAAGGGAUGUACAGUAAAAGGAAAACUACAGGAGCCAAAUGUGUACUGUAUAUAAGUGGGAAGAAGUUAAUGUUUAAGGAAAUGAGGUUGACUUUUCUAUUGAACACUGAACAUAAAAUGGCCGUAUUGAAUGUCUGCUUGUCUUCUGCCUGCAGCUUUGCUGCUUCUUAUGAGAGUUGAGUCUAAUAUUUGUUCAUAGCUGUGUGCUUAAAUGAAGGAGG